UGAACAGCUGGCAGACUGACACUGACAGUGAAGUUACAGUAGUCUCAAAAUAAAUAAUGAUAUCAUGAGUGUUGUGCUGUGCCUUCCUAUUAUAAAAUUUAAUUUAUUCAAAUGUAGAUAAGGAAUAAAGAACAUACAAGUGCAGUGAUCAAAUCCCAUUAAACCCAAAAUGCAACAAUCACCUUUUGAGAACAUAUUCAACAUCAUAGGUGGCCUAUCAGAAGGAAACGAAAAGCCUAUGAAACAUGGAUUUUAUAAUGCUUUUGCCCUUUUCAUAUUAACGAUCUGCUGUGUGGCAGUUUAUGUACUAUUCCUGAUAUUAGAACCAUUUUUCAAACCCUUAUUUUGGGCUCUGCUUGUUGGGUCAAUACUUCAUCCAUUUAAAUAUAAAUUGUCUAAGAAACUAAAGUCAUGGUUUGAGGGGCUGGACAGAAGCAACACAUCUGUAGUAUUUGGUUUGAUGACAAUUCCCGUGAAUGUUAUUAACUUUGCAUCAGAUACAGUUGGAGAACAGUUCAAGGAACAUUAUAAGGCAGUACUGAGUCUUUUGUCAGCGAUAUUCGUAGCACCAUGGCUGUACAAUGCCGUGCCGCGGAGCUUCGCCUGCAUGUUCUGGCAGUUCACGAGCUUCAUUGGCUACUCCACCACCUUGCUCAUCAACUUCAGCAGUUCCUAUAUUACAUUAACAGUAGCUCUAGCAUACUUUAUAAGUGUGUCAACACUAUGGACCCCCGACAGAGCUGGAGUCUUCAGGAAGACAGCUCUGCUGCUGUGGUUGGUGAUCACCGGUUUCUUCGCUGGGCUCACCGGCUCCUUCCAAGUCUACAUGUUUGUUCUCCUGCAAAUUGUUGGUGUCACUGGCUUUGCUAUAGAGGUCUUGGAUGUGCAUAAAACCCUGCUUAUGAAAGAUCCAGAGGCAUCCAUGCUGACAGCCUUCAACAACACACUCCUAAACAUAGACUGCAAAGAGAAAGAGACAGAAUCUCCCAGUGAAAAGUCCAGUGAUCAGGAUCAACAGAAUAGCGUUGACCAAGACUCACCGUCUGAAAAAGAUGUCUCUCCAGUGACCCCAGACACUAUUCCCAAAAGGGGAAGUUGGACGGGAACCGACCCACCUCACAGUUCUCCGAGACACGCCAAAAUGCUCUUCAAAACUCGCACAAUGUCCACGCUUCCCCUAUCGAAUAUUAAACACAAAACUCCUUACGAAAGUCGACUAUUGGCCUCUUUCAGGCAAAGAUCUUUGGAUGAGAACUACAUGAGAAAUCACUUCGACACAGAUGAUGAAACUGCGCUAUAUUUCAAGCUGCUAUUCUUUGGCUGCUUCUGUAUGCUGGUCUGGAAACACAUCUGGCUGCUGCCGGUUCUGCUGUUCUUCUUAGGAAUUCACGUAAUGAAGCGCUUGCUUGACUUCUUUGGCGUGUGGCUGUUUUGUGAGAAUCAAUAUAAUUGCAUUAUGGCUAAAGUGAAGGAUUGGAUUGAGGACAGGAAGUCGGCCAUCUUGCCGGCGCACGUGCGCGGCAUGUCCAAGAUGGCGGCGCUGUGCAACCGGCGCUUCACGGACGUGGCGUUCGACUGCGUGGACACCGUGUCCAGCUGCAUCGUCAUCGUCGGCCUCAUCCUGUUCCUGGCCGUCGGGACUGUCUUCAUUUGUAUACAGAUAUACUCAGAAGCGAUAGUGGUGGUGCAGAUGAGCGGCUCGCUGCUCAACAGUACCUUCGUCCAGAACAGCGAGCUGCAUCAGUACCUGCCCGACGGCUGGGAGGACAAGCUCGACUCGCUCAUUGAUAACGCUUACACGUAUGGAAGAGAGGGCAUUUCUAAAGGCGUGAAAAGCAUGCUGAAAGAAGGUGACCCCGACAAGAUAGCGCGAGUAGAACAGCAAGUGCUGGAGGUGUGGGACCGCGUGUACCAGAGCUGGGUGUCGGGGCACUUCGCGGCCGCCGGCGCGGGCCCGCAGGUCGACAGCGGCGCCGUCAGCGACUCCUGGGACGAGUUCGUCAGCCACGUGUCUCUUACACCUGGUUUACUAGACUUCAGCGGCCUAAUCUCGUGGGUCCAGAACAACGUGGGCACCCUGACAGCCAUCGCGGGCAGCGUGUGGGCGCCGCUCGCGAGCAACGUGUCGCUGCUGGCGGGGUCUGUGGGCGCCUUCACCUCGCUGCUGCUGUGCGGCGGCGGGGCUAUCAUCAACUUCCUUAUUAACUUGGUGGUAUUCUUCACGACGCUAUUCUACCUGCUGGCGUCCAGCAACGCGCUGUACAAGCCGGUGGAGGUGAUCACGCAGGCGCAGCCCAACUUCGGCCCGCGGCUCGGCAUCGCGCUCUCCGUCGCUAUCAACCAGGUGUUCCGUGCUUCUUUCAAAAUGGCGCUAUUCUAUGGCCUAUGGACGUGGCUGGUCCACAACAUAUUCGGUGCCAAAGUCGUCUACCUCCCAUCAGUUCUAGCGGCAGUGCUAGGCGCGGCGCCGUUUCUGGGCCCGUACCUGGCGGGUCUACCAGCAGGCGUGGACGUGUGGCUGCAGGGCCGGCCCGUGGCAGCCCUGCUGCUGGUCGUGUCGCAGGCCGCGCCCAUCGCCUUCCUCGACGCAGCCGUCUAUAAGGAGAUUAAAGAUGGCGGUCACCCAUACGUGACCGGGCUGGCUAUAGCCGGCGGUAUAUUCUACCUGGGCCCGGAGGGGGCGAUCCUGGGCCCGCUGCUGCUGUGCUGCCUCAUGGUAGUGCUCAACCUGUCCUCGGCCUUCCUUCGAGACACGCCCUCGGAAGAAAGAGCUGCGUUGCACUCUCGUGUCAGGCUCGGUGCUUAUCUGUGAUCGGAAUGCAUGGACUAACAUUUAGUGACGAAGAUAUACAAGUGUAUUUGUGUACGUAUGUACCUGUUAUUUAAACCAAACUAACACUGAAACGGGUCGUCUGAUACUCGUGAAGAUUACAAAAUCACUCGUUUCGCGUGUGCCUUUAGAAUCAACCCCAAAAAGGCGUAUAAAUCGAA